AUGGCUUCCAAUCACCUGCUCUCUCGCAUGCCUUUUCAACUCCCGUUCAAGCUCUCCUCGAGUGCAAAGUCGGGCCGUUCUCAUCAUCGAGAUGACGAGGCCGAUCACUCUGCUCCCUUGCUCGAGACCUCCCCACCACCCAAGUCCUCUCAUUCUAAUAAUAAUUUCGUCUUCUACUUCUCACUCGCCUUGGCGCUGCUGUCAGCCAUCAAUGUCGCCCUCCUUCCCGCCACGCUAUCCAGAUAUCAAGCGUGCUCGUUCUCCGACACUGCCCAUGGCGACGCCGCGGUUAGCUCAGCAUGGACAGCGAAGACGACAACACCUCAUGCCUCAGUCUACGAACACGUAUGGCCCGACAGAAUCGCGCGAGUGAGCCGCAAGUUGAAACAAGCCGUCUGGGGCCAUGGCGUGCAGUUUUAUGUCACUGUCGAGGAUUCCACCAUAAUGCGCUUCCCCAUCCCCUCUAAAGGCGGCCCGACCUGCGCGCUCCUCUGGCAGCCGCCUCCGGAGUCAUCUGCUCGUGCCGAAGACCUCACGACGAAAGGCGAUGUGAGGGAAAUUGAAGUUUGGCAGCUGAUUGCGCCCUCUUCCUCCAAGGACUUGGCAAAUGGCUCUUCAUCUUCUUCUAAUAGUUCUACGACGAUGAGGAUGAACGAGCUCGACUACGAUGCGUUAUCAUAUUCGACUCUUCCUAUUCGUGGGGAAUUGCUUGGGGUGCUGGAUUUCACAGCGAAGCCAAACAGUACUACGGUAGAAUUUGCAUGUCCGAGUGAGGAGGAGGAGGAGAGUCUGGUGGUGGAGUUGAGGUGUCAGCGUGUGGCGUGUCAUGUGAGUUUUCUGCAAAUUCAUCUGGAGCCGAGUUUUGGGGUGGAGUUGUUGAGGAGAAAGGAGGCAAGAUGA